GGCAAAAAAGUAUUUCAUUUCAUCAAGAUCACCACUACCAAAGAAUCUUCACAGCGAUUCCGCAUUUAAUUUUCUAUAUAAACACCCUCACUUGGGUUCUUUGCUUCUCACUCUCAGCAACAAAGCCUCUAUUUCUCUCUCUCUCUAGCUCUCUAUAUAGUAAACAUUCAUUUUGUUUCUUUCAUUAUCAUCAAUGGCUCCGAGUUUGAACAAAGCCGGCUCUGAUUUAAUGGAGCUCGUCGACGGCUAUACCGGGUCGUUAAUCACAUUGGAAGGGUCAAAUUUUAAGGCCAAUGGCCACGUCAUUCUCACCGAUGUUCCAUCGAACAUCGUAGCUUUUCCUUCGCCUUACGGCUCGGCUGAGAAGCCGACUAAAACCACAGCAGGCAGCUUUGUCGGCUUCCAUUCAGCGGAGCCAAAAAGCCGGCAUAUUGUGCCGGUCGGCAAGCUUAAGGGGAUACGCUUCAUGAGCAUUUUCCGGUUCAAGGUCUGGUGGACCACCCACUGGAUCGGAUCCAAUGGCGGCGACCUCGAAAACGAAACCCAAAUGGUGGUUCUAGACCGGUCUGAUGCGGGCCGGCCUUACGUCAUCCUCCUCCCUCUGAUUGAGGGUCCGUUCCGGGCAUGUCUCGAGCCCGGAAACGACGACAACGUCAGCAUUUGCAUGGAAAGCGGGUCGACGAAGGUCUCUGAAUCUUCGUUUCGGGCUGCGCUUUACAUGCAUGUUGGCGACGACCCAUACAGUCUCGUAAAAGACGCCAUUAAAGUUGCCAGAGCUCACCUCGGGACUUUCAAGCUUUUAAAAGAGAAGACUCCACCGGGAAUCGUCGACAAAUUCGGUUGGUGCACGUGGGACGCAUUUUACCUUACGGUGCACCCUCACGGCGUUUGGGACGGCGUGAAGGGGCUCGUGGAGGGCGGGUGCCCACCCGGGCUUGUGCUCAUCGACGACGGGUGGCAAUCCAUAUCCCAUGACGACGACCCGAUUACCCAAGAAGGCAUGAAUCGGACCUCCGCCGGUGAGCAAAUGCCAUGCAGGCUCAUAAAAUUCGAAGAGAAUUACAAAUUCAGAGAUUAUCAGAGCCUGAAAAAUUCAAUUUCGGGCUCUGCUGCCCCAAAAGGCAUGGGUGCCUUUAUUAAGGACCUGAAGGAGGAAUUUAAGAGUGUCGACUACGUGUAUGUAUGGCACGCACUGUGCGGAUAUUGGGGCGGGAUUAGACCUGAUAUUCCCGGAUUACCCGAAUCCAAGGUUGUGGAGCCUAAGUUGUCACCUGGGUUACAGAAGACAAUGGAAGAUUUAGCUGUGGAUAAGAUUGUGAACAAUGGAGUUGGAUUGGUCCCACCUGAGAUGGUUGAACAGAUGUACGAGGGUUUACACUCGCACUUGGAGUCGGUUGGCAUUGAUGGAGUCAAAGUCGACGUUAUCCAUUUGCUGGAGAUGUUGAGUGAGGAGUAUGGGGGAAGAGUGGAGCUAGCAAAAGCAUACUACAAAGCAUUGACAUCUUCAGUGAGGAAGCACUUCAAAGGCAAUGGCGUUAUUGCUAGUAUGGAGCACUGCAACGACUUCAUGUUCCUUGGAACCGAGGCCAUUGCUCUUGGUCGUGUCGGAGAUGACUUUUGGUGCACCGACCCGUCUGGGGAUCCGAAUGGGACAUUCUGGCUACAAGGUUGUCACAUGGUGCAUUGUGCUUACAACAGCUUGUGGAUGGGCAAUUUCAUACACCCUGACUGGGACAUGUUCCAGUCCACCCACCCUUGUGCCGAGUUCCACGCUGCCUCUCGAGCCAUUUCUGGUGGACCCAUUUACGUCAGUGACUCUGUCGGAAAACACAACUUCCAACUCCUCAAAACCUUGGUUUUGCCCGACGGCUCGAUCUUGCGGUGCGAUUACUAUGCCCUCCCGACCCGUGAUUGUCUCUUUCAUGACCCGCUCCAUAAUGGGAAGACCAUGCUCAAAAUUUGGAACUUUAACAAGUUCACCGGAGUUCUCGGAGCAUUCAACUGCCAAGGCGGAGGUUGGUGUCGCGAGUCCCGUUGCAACAAAUGUGCCUCCGAAUGUUCCCACACCGUCACUGCAACAACCAGCCCAAAAGACAUCGAGUGGAAACACAGCCCAAACCCAAUAAUCUCAACUGAAUCACCAUCCCAACUCUUCGCUCUCUACAUGUUCCGCGAAAAGAAGCUAAUACUCUCAAAGCCUGCUGAUACCAUAGAGAUUUCGCUCGAACCAUUCAAUUUUGAGCUCAUAACGGUCUCUCCUGUCACAAUCAUAUCAAACAAUUCGAUUCAGUUUGCUCCGAUUGGGUUGGUGAACAUGCUCAAUACUGGGGGUGCAAUUCAAUCGGUGAUAUAUGAUGAUGAGAUCAAUAACAAGGUUCAGGUUGGGGUAAAAGGGAGUGGGGAGAUGAGGAUUUUCGCGUCGGAGAAACCAAGAGGUUGUAGGAUUAAUGGGGAAGAUGUUGAGUUUGGUUAUAAAGGACUUAUGGUUGUGAUUCAAGUGCCAUGGCCUGGAUGUUCGGGUCUGUCCAUUGUUGAGUACUUGUUUUGAAGUUUGGGGUUUGAUUGUUUGGUUUUGUGUUUGUAGUUUUAGUGAUUUCACUGUUUCAUUUGAAGUCAUGUGUGCAAGAAUGUGAUCUUAUGUAAGGAUCAUCAUAAAUAAGAUAUUACUAAUUGCCUCUCUAUUUGUCUCA